AUGGCGGCGGCAGGCGGCGGAGGGGCGUUCGGCGGCGGGGCCGGCGGCGGGGCGUUCGGUGGUGGGGCGUUUGGCGGCGGGGCUGGUGUCGGAGGGGCUAGCGGCGGCGGGGCUGGCAGAGGGGCGUUCGGCGGCGCGGCUGGCGGCGGAGGGGCCGGCGGUGGCGGGGGUGAGCGGCCGUGGCUUCGUCUGCCUACAUACGCGCAGCUACUGCUCAGCUCCCUGCGGGCCACCCGCACUACCUUCGAGGAUCUGCAGGAGCGGGCUGGCAGCCUCGCCAAGCUCGCGAACGACCUACAGACUGGUGUCAUCGAGGGCAACGUGGCGAUCCUCACGACAGCUGCGGUGAAGUUUGGGCACCGUAAGGUCAUGGACAUCCUCCAUGAAAGGUUCUAUCCCAACCGUGGAUCUCUCAAGUAUGCCAGAGUGAUCACGCGAAGCCUGCAGAGCUCACCGCCGGAUUUUGAUCCUGUGCUACUCGCAUCCCUUGAUAUUGCUCAGUCAAGGCGUCUGUCAUCGUUCCUUAAGUAUGCCGUCAGUGAGCUCAACAGUAUAAAUGGACAUUUAGGGCAGGCUGGGGUUGAUGCUGCCACUCGGUUCAGAGAAUUGCGUGCCCUCAAUGAAAAUGCAGAUGAUUUCCUGCAAAGAGUCGCACUCCAGUAUGGCCUGACCAGGGGUGUUCUUGCCGCUGGUUUAGCACAUCUUCAUCAGGCGAUUGCGGCCGCCACUGAUCUCAUCACCAGGUUCAACGAAGAGCCAACUGCUGUCCGUCAUCUUUUCACCGCGUUUACCUCGGCAGGCCCACUGGAGUAGGAGGAUUAUCAGAGAGGAUGGGGAUAGACGAUUUCUUUCUACAGAUCUACUGCGUCUACUCACCAUCUAAUUUGAUGCCUGCCCGUGCUUCAUAACUUUGUUAUGUCUUGUGAUGCAUCAGAUGAAACUGGGAAGUCAUUGAAUUAUCUUUUAUCGUAUCAUGACAUCUUAUUAACACUAUUAGAGUAUAGUUACUCGAUGCAUUUGUUAACUAUAUGAGUGAUUUUCAUUAGAUGUGCAUGAUUAGAUGUUAAUGUUGUUUUAGUUGUGAGAUUGUUAGGCUACUAAGUUAUGCCUUGGAAGUCAUUGAAUUAUCUUUUAUCGUAUCAUGACAUCUUAUUAACACUAUUAGAGUAUAGUUACUCGAUGCAUUUGUUAACUAUAUGAGUGAUUUUCAUUAGAUGUGCAUGAUUAGAUGUUAAUGUUGUUUUAGUUGUGAGAUUGUUAGGCUACUAAGUUAUGCCUUGGUUUAAUUAUUAUCUCAUGAUGUUAACGUGUAUGGCUUGCAUGAUUUUUCCUUUAUUUCUUGGUUUAUUGCAUGAUUGAGGGAGUGAUUUCAAAAAUUACUAGCAUCAUGCAGUAGUUAAUUGUCAAAGAUAACAUGUUAGGAUUAAAAGUUGUUUGCAUGGAUCUAUAGGAAUUAGCAUGUUGCUUAGUCUGUUACCGAGGUGCGAUUUUUGUCCUCCUUGUAGGGAGUGCUGGAUUAAAAAAAGCAUGUUAGGAUUAAAAGUUGUUUGCAUGGAUCUAUGGGAAUUAGCAUGUCACUUAGUUUGUUAGUGAGGUGCUAUUUUUGUCCUGCUUGUAGUGACUGCUAGAUUUAAAAAUAAUAAGUCAACAUGUAGAUUAUUUAUUUAGUCCAAUGUGGGUAAAAUGUUGUCUGCUUUGUAAACAUGUUUUUGAAUGUAUAUCUUCGUUCACUAGAAGAAAUGGUGCUAGUUCACUAUUGGGUUCAUUUUGUGUUAUACCGUUAGAUAAAAUGCAUGCUUAAGAAAAAUAACAAAGGGAGCAAUCCUAUCUUAGUGGACAUUAAUUGUAUUAUAUCAUUUUAUUGUCUUUGUCUUGUUGAAUAUAUCCUAGGUUGGCUCUUCAAUAUGACUGAUAUGUUUUUUCCUUGUAUUGAUGCUCCUUGUUUCCCUAAGAAAAAAGACAUGCAAUAUUCAAUUAGUCAAUAGUUUUGCGAAACGUGCGAGCGUAACCUAUGUGGGGAGGAAGAGCACAACUUGUUAGGGAAAAAAGACAUCAUGUAUUAGUUAUGUUCUGUGUGGAGAGAAAGCACAAGACGUCUGAUAAGCUUGUGGUACUAUAUGAUUAUUAUUAUCUCAUUUUGUUAAUCUGUGUUUAUUUAUGGUUUUGUACUCAUUAAUUAAUUUGUUAACUGUAUAUAGAUCAUUUAUAAGGAAGGUGCUUUCAAAAUUUUAUUAAUUAAAUAUUGUAUAUAGUUUUGAAAACACAAACUAUUAUAUUAAAAUUGUUUUAAUGGAUAUAUAAUAAAUAGAACGAAAUUGAUAUAAUGAUAUAAUAAAUAGAAUGAAAAUGUUUCAACGAUAAUGUUGUAGUUAAUUUUUAGAUGAUGAAUCGCUGUUUGCAUCGUGUGAAGUAGUAUGAAAUGAAUAUGAUGAUUAUUUUGUUUUGCUCAUAAGUAUAUUAAAAUUAAUAAGAGAUUUGACUUCUAGAUUUUCUAUUUAGUUCAAUGUUGUCCAUAUUGUGAAUAUAUAUUUAAACAUAUAUCUUUAUUUAAUAAAAUAUGAUAAUAGUUUAAUAUUGGGUUCAUUUUGCAUUAUAUUGCGUGCAUUGGCCAUAAUAUAUCUUAUUGUUUUUAUUGUCUAUAUAUAUUCUUUUUUAAUAUUUUUUCUGUUGGUUUCUUUAUCAUGAGUUUGAUAUGUCUAGUAUUGACCAUGACUUGUUUCUGUCCAGGGAAAAAAGUUCAAUAUAGUGUUGGGAAACAUCUGUUGUAAGCUAUGUGAGGAGGAAGCACACAACUCAAGACAUCUGAUAAGCCUGUGGUGAGCCUCAGGUUCUGCAACAAAUGUUACUCCCUCUGUCCCAAAAUAAGUGACUCAACUUUAUACUAAAGUUAGUACAAAGUUGAGUAAUUUAUUUCGAGACGGAGGGAGUAACAAAGUACAGAGAUCUCCUUACGAUCAAGGGAAACAACUGUUGUGUGAAUGGAACAUCUAUUGACACACCUUAUUCGGCAUGGUAUCCUUGGUUGCAUCAUCUAUUGCAAUUGUUGGUUUGAAGGUUAACAAUGUGCUGGUUUAAUUAUUUGAGAUAACAAGCAUUUUUAUUGACCCAUAAAGCUUAUUGGUGUGCUGAUUUCAGUUGCCAGAGAUGUUUAUGUUCCAGGAAUAGUUCAAUUCAGUGUAGGAGACGGGGAGGCUGAAGACCUGCUUCCUCAAUCUCAAUUAUUGGAGCUGCUGGUUUCAAGACUACAGAUGCUGCUUAUAUUCCAUGAAUAUUUUGAUUCAGGGAAGGAGAAGGGAACGGGGAUGAACUGCUGCAUCAACUAUUGCAGUUGUGGAGGCUCAGGCGCUGCAGACGUUUUUGUUCCCAUGAAUAUUUGGAUUCACUGAAGAGACGGAAGUGAAUAACCUGCUACAUCAACGUUUAAAGGGUAGAUAUGUUGUGGAUAGAGUUCUGGUUGUUUGCGUGUGUGGGUGCUUUGUGCGGAGUCAGUCCAGGCCACGAGUCGGUUAUAAACUAUAGUGAUCUCAAACCAUAAAAAAUAUAUUUUAACUGCAAAUGUAAAGGUUUAUGAAUUUAUUUGUGUUCAAAUGCCUUUUUAGAAUUGAAAA